AUGCCUUCGUCAGCACCAAUUCCUCAUGAUCCCAUUGGCACUCCGAUCACUGAAAAAGUGAAGUGCAAUGGUCUCGAUUUUGAGACAGUGACUUGGAAAGUUCCUCCGAACGUGGAGUAUAAGGGGAAAAUAGUGUAUGUACAUGGCUUCGCUGAACACUGCUCUAUCUAUACUGAGUUUUUCGACAAAUUGAGUCAGUUGGGUUACGAAGUUCUCUUUUUCGAUCAAAGAGGUGCGGGUGAGACAUCACCCGGCAAGCAGGUGGGGAAGACUGACGAGUACCACACUUUUAAAGACUUAGAUUUCAUGAUAAAGAGAGCUCUUGACGCUAGGGAAGACAAGACAGAGAAGCUAUUCCUUGGAGGUCAUUCUAUGGGAGGCGGUAUCGCACUCAACUAUGGAAUCAUGGGUAAGCAUCGGGACGAUAUCAGAGCCAUCUUUGUAUCUGGCCCGCUUGUUACAUUGCAUCCUAAAACUCAACCCAAUGUUAUUGUCAGAAAGUUGCUGCCUGUUAUCAACGCUCUUCUCCCCACUUUGAAGAUAGACUCUAAGCUCAAUUAUGACUAUAUCACCUCGCACGAGGGGUGGAAGAACUACAUCAAGUCGACAGAUGGGAAAUUGAUUGGAACAGUGAGACAGUUCAACGACAUGUUUGUGAGGGGAGAAAAAUUACUUUCAAAGGACCACACUAGCAAGUAUUCCCCAACCAUUCCAUUGCUUUUGUUACAUGGCACUGAUGACAAUAUCAACGACAUCGAGAGCAGCAAAAAGUUUAUCGAGCUCUUGCCUGCUGAUCUGAAAAAAGAGUUUGUUCCUGUUGAAAAUGGUAGACACUCGCUCUUUAUUGAAAAUGAAAAUAUUUUCAAAGAUGUGUUCGACAAGGUGGUCGAGUUCUUGGGAUCCCAUUGA